AUGCUCCCGGAGCUCGACAGUCUCGAGAAACAGGGCCUCUUUACGCGCGAGGAGAUUAAAGAGAUUGUGCGCCGCCGCACCGCCUUUGAGUACCGCCUCAGGCGCCGCGGCAGCGCGGCGAUUAAGGACGACUAUAUGCGGUACAUAGAGUACGAGAUGCAGCUCGAGGCGCUGCGCCAACUGCGGAGGAGAGACCCGAACCGCCGCCAGGCUUUCCGCCAGCGCGCGGACGGUGUGUUGCGGCGCAAGGGACGGCAGGGCAGCCGCGAGUGGUACCGGCGGCAGCGCGCGGCGGAGCGCGCGAGUGACGUGGCGGUGAUCAAGCGCGUGCUCUUCAUCUUCUCGCGCGCGACGCGGCGGUUCAAGGGCGACCUGGACCUCUGGAUGCGCUACCUCGACUUCUGCAAGGCGUCCGGGUCGAGGCAGCAGAUGCAGAAGACAAUGGCACGGGCAUUGCAGCUUCAUCCCACAGAGCCAUCUCUCUGGCUCUACGCAGCAUCCUAUGAGUUCACGCACCGCAUGAACGCGCCUGCUGCGCGCACGCUGCUGCAGCGGGGGCUGCGCAUGUGCUGCCCGCAGCUCUCCGCUGGGGGGAAAGGGGGGAAGCGGGCAGGUGUGACGAUUUCCGAGGCUGGGAACAUUUCGAUCGUGCCUGCCCGGGUUUUGGAGGCGUCUCGACUGCUGUGGAGCGAGUAUUUGCGCAUGGAGCUGGUGCAUGCACGGAAGCUUAAAGCGAGGCAGCUUCUACUGGGGAUAGAGACGGAGGAGGGGGUUGGGCAGGGUGUAGGGGAGGGGGAGGGGGAAGUGGGGAAAGAGGGGGAAGGGGGAGAGGGAGUGGGAGGUGGGGAGGGAGAAGGGAUGGAGCAGGAAGAGGAGGGGAAGGAGGGGGAUGAGGGGAAGGAGGGAGAGGAGGUUGGGAUGGGUGAGGGAAAGGGGGGUGGUAAAGGGGAUGGGGGCAGAGGGAAGAAAGGGAGCAAGAAAGUGGUCUCGAGUGAUGAGCUGGCAGUGCAGGUGGCGACUGUCGUGUGCCGCACCGCAAUCAAAUCGAAUCCCAAAGAUCUGAUGCUGCGCGUGGCCCUGCUGGAAGCCCUGCGAUUGGGCGGCGGUCAAGCAGAGGCAGAGGCGGAAGAGGAAGAGGAGGAAGAGGGGGAGGAGGAGGAAAAGGAGGAGAAAGUGGAGGAGAAAGUGGAGGAAGGUGAGAGAGAGCAGGAAGGGAAAGAAGGGCAGGAGAACGAACAGGGGGAGAGGGCAGAAGGAGAGGAGGAGAAAGGGGAGGGAAGUGCUAAGGCAGCAGGCACGGAAGGGGGGCAAGGAGCAGAGCAAGGGGAGGGAGCAGAGAGGAAGGCGGGGCGAGCGCGGAGGCGGGUGGUGGAGCUGAAGGGGUUGGAUGCGGUGGAGGAGGAGGUGUGUGGCGGGCUGGCAGCCGCCUUCCCUGACAGUGUCACUGUGCUUGAGGUGCUGGCUAGACGGUGCCUACGGCGGGGAAGGAGAGGGGCGGGGACGGAAGUGGAGGCGGAACAGGCUGCGUUGAAGGUGUUUGAAGACUCUCUGGAGAAGCAGCAGCAGCAGCAGCAGCAGCAGCAGCAGCAGCAGCAGCAGCAGCAGCCUUUGUCUUUCUCGCCCCUGUGCUGCGCCUAUCUCGACUUUCUCAUGCGUCUGAUCACCGGAGGGAAGGCGUAUGGGGAGGAGGGCGAGGGGAGACAGGAGGGCGAGGGAGGAGAAGGGGGAGAGGAGGGAGAGGGGGGAAGGGAGGAGCAGGAGCCAAUGGAAUGCGAGGAAACGGAAGGAGAGAGAGAAGGGCUGCCAUUGGCCGAUCUGGUGUGCCGAGCCAAUGCAGCCGUGGCUCUGGCGGAGGCUCGGGGGCUAGGUUCGGACGAGCCAAUCGUUGAGCGCCACGUGGCGCUGCUGUUGCGCGCAGGGCGAGCUGGCGAGGCGGUGGAAGCUGCGAGGAAGGUUCUGGGAGCAGGUGGAGGGAUGGUGAUGCCGGGCGUGUGGGCCCUGCAAGUAGAGGCAGCCCCAAGCCUGUCGGCACUGCAAGCCACAGUCGACUCGCUCAUCUCAGCAGCAGCCACCAUCGCCUCCCCCACCGCUGGGGGAGGUGUUUCUGCGGCCCUUGCAUCUUCCUCACCUGCUGUCACCACCACCGACGAGCCAUCAUCAUCAGCCCACGCACGGCAACUGGUGGCAGCGGUGCAGUGUGCGGGCCUUGAGGCUGCCAAGCGGCGCUUUGGAAUCGCUGCUGCCCGCCAGCUCUACGCCAGGUUCUUUUCGCUCCCAUUCGCCUCAGAGAAACUCUUCCUGUGCGCCAUUCACAUGGAACGCGAAUGGGAGACGGAGCAGAGCGGGACGGGAGGGAAGACCGCGGAGAGGAGAAAGGGCAGUGGGCGGGUGGAGCGUCUGUUUGACUCGGCGUUGCAGCGAUUUGGUGCCUCCAGUGCUGAUCUCUGGCUGGCGUACUGCCAAUACGCGCUUGAGGUGAACGACACGUCCCUGCUCUCCACCAUCCACUGGAAGGCUCGCCACUCCCUGCCCGAUGCUGCCGGGUAG